GUUAAGUUAACUGAAGGAACGGAGGUUUGGCAGGGAUUAUGGAGCAGAGUAAUGGUGAACACAGAUUUAGAAUACGAUGAAUGUUUGUACGCAAGGACUGCUACUCCUCAAUCCUCGUUUCUCUUUUUCCACUUUCAACUUCCGAGGUGCUCUUUACUCACAAACGUUGGCUCCGUAGGUUGUCGCUUGUUCCUCGUUUGCAACAGCGCCAAGGGCUUAGAAGGGGUUUCUCCAAAAGCAUGGCUUACAGUGUGGAUAAUUGUGAUAUGGGUAUUGGGGUGGUUCAUCCAGCAACAGAUGCUUAUGCUGCCGAGGCAGUUGAAGCUUUGAAAGCUGGGAAAGUCAUUGCAGUACCCACUGACACACUCUAUGGAUUUGCUUGUGAUGCUUGUUCGCUGGAAGCAGUUAACAGGAUUUAUGAGAUUAAAGGCCGAAAACAUACAAGUCCUCUGGCUAUCUGUGUGGGUGACAUAUCAGAUAUAGUCCGUUUUGCUGUCACUGACCAUUUACCUCAUGGUCUGCUUGAGUCCCUCCUACCUGGGCCUGUCACAGUUAUACUAAAAAGAGGAGAGUCGAGUGUUCUUGAACGAUCUUUGAACCCAGGAUUUGAUAGUAUAGGAGUUAGAGUGCCUGAUUGCGAUUUCAUCAGGAUUAUUGCUCGUGGUUCAGGAACUGCCCUGGCCCUUACCAGCGCAAACCUAAGUGGACAGCCAAGUAGUGUUUCCAUCAAGGAUUUUGAGAACCUCUGGGAACAUUGUGCUUUUGUUUAUGAUGGUGGUUUGCUUCCAUCCAGUCGUGCAGGCUCAACAGUUGUGGACCUCACUAUACCACACAAAUACAAGAUACUUAGGCCCGGAAGUGCAAAGGAAGAGACAGUUGCCAUCUUGGAGAAGCAUUCUUUCGUUGAGGCAGUGACCACUUAAUUAAAUUAUGAUUCAUUUACAGUGUAACGUUGGCCUAAUGUUUCACUUGCAAAAAACAAUUCUUUUGCUUGGACAUGUGAGAAAGCUAUCACCAAGCCUUUUCCAUUAAGUGUUUAUAUAUAUUACUUCCAUAGGAUGAGGAAACAAUACAUCAUAGAUGUAUGAUUAUUAUUAUGCUUCAUGAAUUAUUUUGUUCUAUCUCAUAGAAAGAAAAGAAUCUAAAUCAAAACAAAAGUACGGGGAUACAAGCAAUUGAACUGCAGACAAUCAAGUGAAAAUGUAAUCCACAAAAUCAUUCAUUUAGGGAUACAACAUAGUUGUAUUAAAGACCGUGUUGUUAGAGGAUUCGUUACUGCAGGCCAUAUUUGACAUAAUUGGAAACUCAUACACAUGUAGAAUUAGUUACACUAGGUUUUGUAUCACGUGAUUUCUAAGCUUGUUGUAUUCUGUUACAGUGAAGACAGGUUUUGAGAAACCAAAGUGUUAAAAGGUAACAAUGAUGAUUAUCAUAAUGAAAAUGAUAGAAUCAGGAAGCUGAACGACUUUCUUGCUAAUUCACGUGUGCGAUUGUUCUAUUGGUUCAUACAUUAUGACCAUCAUGUGAUUGUGAAACUGCUGCUAUAUUUAACAUCUUUAAAACAUAAAGCAACCACUGGAUUUGGAUGUUGAAUCUUGUUAUCUUGGCAAUCACGAAUCGUAUUACGUAUUAGUUGUAGUGUUUCUUUUGUAUUUGAAUUCAUCUGAUUAUGAUUAUAAGUCUCUCUAUUUCCGAAUCUUCCCGUUAAUUAAAGGAAUGUUUGGUAAAUUUUUUAAAUGAUAUAUUUUUACAGAUUUUGUAGAAACUACCAUUUUUAAUAUCUGAAAUAUUUUGAGAUUUACAUCUACAGUCAUUAUAAAAAAAAUUAUAUGAAUCUUUAUCGGAAAAAUUUGUUUUCAUAAAUAAAUACAAAAGAAAUGGACCCUGAAUAGAGAAUUGAUAAUCUGAUUAAGAGCAAAGGGUGAAGAGUGAAUCUGUAAAUUUGUGUUUCUAGAUCAGCUCCUUGGGUUUGGACUAAUAUAGCUUUCGUGUUUGAUGAGCUAAUAAAAGACUUGAGAUUGAUUAUGGUGCAUGUCCUUUGUUUACGCAAGAUCAUUAAUCUCAUGCCAACAUCAACGUCAACAUAAACUCUACCCCAGAUGAAUUGUUGACAUGAUAUAUCAAAAUUUUGUUAACCAAGUGAUGAAUAGUUUAAUCAAAAUUAUGCCUUGGAGAUGGGCACCUUUAAGAAGCCCC